AUGAGCGAUGAACUGAGCAGGCUACAGUCAGAGAGGAGGUUAAGAGAAGAUGAGUACGAGGAGUUGAGAACCAAACAAGAGGCCAUAGCUCAGUGGGAGGCACAGAUUACAGAGAUCAUACAAUGGGUGAGUGAUGAGAAGGAUGCGAGAGGCUAUCUACAAGCACUUGCCACCAAGAUGACUGAAGAGUUAGAGUUCCUAAAACAUGCUGGCAUAGCCAACGUCCCCACCUCGGACAAAAAUUGGAGGAAUCGUCGGUCGCAGAAGCUUGAGAAGAUGGAGUUGUUGAAUCUACAGAGCAGCCUUCAGUCAGAGAUACAAGCCAAGACCGCCAUCAGUGAGGAGCUUAGCAAGACCAGAUCUGAUCUUGUGGCCUCUCAGAAAGAGUUGCGAGACUUCAGGCAGCGUUACGACAGCAUCUCUCACGAACUGAAGCGCAAGGAGAUGCAGAUUAAGGAGUUACAAGGUCGUCUGGACUCAGGCGAAGGAUUUCUGGAGCGACCCUCGUCCCAGAUGUCGUACCUCGACCACUUCCUCAAAGAGACGUCGGCGCGACACGGUGGCUCGGUGGAGAGUGAGGAGGGAGACAUUGAGGAUAACCGAGCUCCCUCGAUAGCAAGUAGCAAGAGUAACCUGUCAGAGAUGAGCAUGGACCACCACGGCCAUCAUCACCACCAUCACCACAGUCACAGUCAUCUGCCUCCCAAGCCCAAACAUCAUCAGUUCCUGGUAAGGACGUUCUCCUCUCCCACCAAGUGUAACCACUGCACCUCUCUCAUGGUGGGACUGACUAGACAAGGAGUGGUGUGUGAAGUGUGCGGCUUCGCCUGUCACAUGGCCUGCUGUGAUAAAGUACCACCAGUCUGCCCCGUGCCUCCCGACCAAACUAAGAGGCCGCUUGGCAUUGACCCUACGCGAGGCAUCGGCACAGCGUACGAGGGCUAUGUCAAGGUACCCAAGACUGGCGGAGUGAAGAAAGGCUGGGUGAGGCAGUUUGUGGUGGUCUGUGACUUCAAGCUGUUUUUGUACGACAUCUCGCCUGACCGCAACGCAUUGCCUUCAGUGUACGUCAGUCAGGUGUUGGACAUGAGAGACGAGGAGUUUGCUGUGUCUAGUGUGCGUGACAGUGAUGUCAUACAUGCCACCAAGAAGGACAUCCCCUGUAUAUUCAGGAUAACAACGUCACUGAUGGACCCUCCAGGUCUCAAGAACCACACACUGAUGUUGGCUGACACUGAGAGUGAAAAGAGCAAGUGGGUGGUGGCACUGAGUGAGCUGCACAGGAUACUGAAGAGAAACAACCUUCCCAACACUACGGUGUUUAGAGCUAAGGAGUUGUUGGACAACACGUUGGCCUUUAUCAAGAACGCCAUGUCAGGGGCCAUCAUAGACCCAGACCGCCUUGUAUUGGGCACUGAGGAAGGAUUGUUCUGCUUGGAUUUGGAUCGCUCUGAGAUCGCUCGUGUUGGAGAGGGAAAGAAGAUCUUCCAGCUUGAAUACGUUGUAGAAGAGCAAGUCUUGGUUUUAUUAUCAGGGCAACAACGUCACCUGAGGCUGAUACCAGUGAGAGCGUUGGAUGGUGACGAGGUGGAGUGGAUCAAGGUGGCUGAGACUAAGGGAUGUAUCACAUUCACUACAGGAGUCAUGACUAGGACGCCUCAGCUGGCCUACUGUCUGUGUGUGGCCAUCAAGCGACAGAAUACAUCGCAGGUGAUCAUCUAUGAGAUAACGAGGACCAAGCUUCGCCACAAGAGAGUGAGAGAGGUGAUGUUGCCCACUCAGGCCCAGUCAUUACACAUCUUCAGUGAGGGCAGGCUGUGUGUAGGCUACCAGUCGGGCUUUAGUGUGUACAGCAUCAUGGGAGAUCACCACCCUCUGUCCCUGAUACACCCGGACAACCAGCUGAUGGGGUUCCUGUCGUACAGUGCUGUGGACGCCAUGCGAGCUGUAGAGUUACCACGUGGAGAGUUCCUUCUAGUCUUCCAGUCUCUGGGUGUCUACGUGGACAGCCAGGGACGCAAGUCUCGCGACACUGAGCUCAUGUAUCCCGCCGUGCCUACUGCUGUCAGUUACUGUGACGGACAGCUGCUAGUCUACACCGAGACACACAUAGAUGUGUUCAACGCAGCCAGUGGUGAGUGGCUACAGACCAUCAACCUGAAGAGAGCGCGACCUCUCAACACCACAGGCUCUCUAAGUAUCUGUGUCAUCAACGACAUGCCUCACAUCGUCUACCUCAACAACAUACACCAGCGUGAGCUGAUCAAUGUGACGGUGUGUGACCCGACAGGCAAGGCAGUGCCACGACCCAGACGCAGGUUCUCUAUCAGAGAAGGUCAUCGGACUACACGGGCGCCAGACAGGAGGUCCAAGAUGAUCUCAGCCCCUACCAACUUCAACCAUAUCAGCCACAUGGGGCCUGGGGACGGCAUACAGAUACAGCGACUGCUGGACCUGCCCACAACACUGGAGACAGCUGAUCAGCAACCUCUCUCACAGCAGAGGGUUAGUAGACAGCCAUUAUAG